GAGCGGCCGUGGAGGAGCAACUGAUACUCGAGUCCAACGCGCUGCACUUUUGUUGUUUGUUUUUGCACCGUUGUGGUGUUUAUUUUCCGCACGCGCACUUAAUGAAGGAUGAGAACCCCACUUCCGUGAAGGUUUUUUUUUUUUUUCUCCCGUCUCCAGUAAUAAAGAACGCGGUAACUUUUAGACGAGCUCACUUUGGGGUUGAGAAGAGAAGAGAGAAGAGAAGAGAAGAGAAGAGAAGUGCUGAGCGCCUUGGUGAAGCUCACUGGGUGACAUGGACCAAGGAACUGUUGAAUAGUAUCUGUUUAUAACCCACUUGUACUGAUCUGAGUGGGAGUGGGAGUGGGAUCACUUCUCCAGGACAAGUUCGAGACUCCAAGAAGAGAAGAGAAGAGAAGAGAAGAGAAGAGAAGAGCUGCUUCUCACGACAUGGUUUGAAAACACCCAGGAGCAGCCAGUCUGAGCCCCUGACAUGGACGCAUGAUUGCCCAGCUCUCGCCUUGACGCCAAUGGCGAGGCUCGUGCGGUCCGCCCGGGGCGCCAGCUCGUACCCGUGGCCGCUCGCCUGCGCGCUCUUGUUUCUCGGCACUUGUGUGUGCGCGAGCCCGUCUUCGAGUCGCGCCCGGGGACGUCUCGUGUGCUGGCAGGCCAUCAUGAACUGCCAGGCAGAGCCUGAUUGCCACUAUGCGUACGGACAGUAUGUGCGCGCGUGCGAUCCGGUCCUGAGCGGCCAGCGGCGCCGGUGCCCGAGUCACUGCAUCGCAUCCCUUGUGCAACUCAACCAGACCAAGAGCGGCCCCGCGCUGGAGGACUGCAGCUGCGCGGAAGACCAGUUGUGUCGCGAAACCAAGCGCGCCAUCGAGCCGUGUCUGCCCAGGACCAGCAGUAUGGGCUGCACGGAGGCGCGGCGGCAGUGCGAGCGUGACAGACCGUGCCGCGACGCCAUGGGUGACUACCUGCUGCACUGCACUAAGCUGUUCAGCGGCGCCACGUGCACGAGCGCGUGCCGCGACGUCAUCGCGCGUAUGCGCCGCAUGCCCAAGGCGCAGCUGCUCGACACGUGCGUUUGCGACGGUGCUGAACGCACCAUUUGCGAAUACGUCAAAAUGAGUAUGGACACGCUGUGCUUCGGCAUGCCAUCCGUAGUCGAUGACGUAGGAUCCGGGACCUUUCCCGACGAUGAUGAUGAAGAUGAUGAAGAUCCUAAUGGUAUCGAGGACAGCUCCAGGAGCGCAGGAACGUGCGUGCGGUCCGUGCGCGCGCUUACCCUGCUUGCACCGGUCUCGGUAUUGUUCCGUUUUUGACGGAGAGAGAAACAAACCGAUGCCAGUUGAAUGCAUUAGACAUCUUGCUUCCACCUGAUCUUCAGCCAUUUAAAGUUCUUUUCUAAAGAGUACCAAAUGAACCUUUGCGUCACUUCCAAGUCCUUUUACGGCAUUGCAUUCAUUCACCUUUGAUUAUCUAUGCAAAUGCACUGUUCGUUAACUGAAAUGGACAUCAGGAACCAUAGCACAGUUUCGAUAUUUAUUUCUGAGCAAGAUCUCUACCUGGAUGUGAUAGGACAAAUCCCCAAAUAAAGCUCAGUCUGACACUACUGCCUUAAACCCAGACUGACCACACAGACAUGCUACUCUGAUACUGUCCAUUUGACAGAGGCCAUGUAUACCACAAAAUAAUAUUUUGUUACCUAGAGAUUUAACGAUGCAAAGAUAGCUUUGCACUGCCAUUAUAAAACUACACAGCAAAAUCUCUCUCUAAUGUUAAAUCGAUUCAGAACACUUGGACUCUUCUUCCUGACGCUGCAGGUGCUGAUUCAGUAUUGUAGGUUGGUGUGUGAGUUAAACGUCAGGGAUUUUGCUGUGUAUCUAUGUAAGCUAUUUUCUAUAAAGUUAUGAUUGACUGCGAGACAUUUCUAUGAGGAAUGUGUUUUGGAAAGUAUUCUGCAUGCUGGAAUAAACGAAAAGAAGUUCGGGGGCUCGAGCGUUUGCUCAAACGGACUGAACGCAAGCAUUUUCACAGACUAGAUUUGCAUCACAGGAUAGAAAGCAAUAUUUUGUAUCAUAAGAUGUCUAUGAAAACGAAGUGUGAUUACAGCUUUAAAGGGAAGUCGGUCAUUUUGUUGUACUGGACUUCCUUUUAAAAUACUGUACAGUGUAAAUAGAUUUUCAGAGAAAUUUUUAAUGUGCUAUCUAAGAUGAAUUAUGGACUGUAGAAAAUGUCUAAAUCCACUGUAUGACUGCCUCGGUGAUGUACUUUUUAUAGAAGGCAUAAAAAGAAAAGUACAAAAACUAAAAA